AUGGCUCAAGAAGAACUAGACAUGGUAGUUGGCAUGGAAAGAAAGGUUGAUGAAUCAGAAGUUAAUAAUUUGGUUUAUCUUCAAGCUAUUGUCAAAGAAGCAUUUAGAAUAUACCCUGGAGCUCCACUAGGAGGCCCAAGAAUAUUCGCUAAUGAUUGCACCGUAUCUGAUUUUCAUGUUCCAAAAAAAACUUGGUUGUUCAUUAACGUGUGGAAACUCCAACGAGAUCCACAAGUUUGGUCUAACCCUCUAGAAUUUAAACCUGAGAGGUUUAUUAACGAUCAUAAAGACCUUGAUGUUCUAGGACAAGAUUUUGAGUUGAUCCCGUUCGGUGCUGGUAGAAGAAUGUGUCCAGGAAUAACUUUUGGUCUUCAAAUGUUGUACUUGGUGUUGGCUAAUUUGUUACAAUCUUUUGAGCUCUCAAAUGUUUCUAAUGAAGGAAUUGAUAUGACUGAGACUGCUGGACUAACCAACAUCAAAGCUACACCACUUGAAAUUUACAUAGCUCCCCGCCUCUCUCAUUAUCUUUAUUAGUCAAACCCACCUGAAUAUGUAUAUGUGUAUGUGUGAUGUGUCUACAGUAAAAUUAUUAAAGACUACAUUAUUAUACUUCCAACUUUGAAGCCAGUGCACAAUAUGUGAAUUUAACUA